AUGUAUGACCUGUGGCUGCACCUGGAGACCCCUACAGCCGCCAUCUUCGACCUUUUACCCACGCACCCCCGCUCUGCCGCGGCCUCUCGCUCUCUCCGCCCCCUCGCUCUGACUCCGGCAGACUGGUGUUUACCCGUCGUCACGGUUACGGGCUCCGCAGGAGGUCUGGCGGUCACGGUGAUGGACACGGCGCCGUUUGAACCGUCACCGCUGAAGAAGAAACACACACCGAGAGCCAGACUCCAGCCGGACUCCAGCCGGACUCCAGCCGGACCCCAGCCAGACUCCAGCCAGACUCCAGCCAGACUCCAGCCGGACUCCAGCCGGACUCCAGCCGGACUCCAGCCGGACUCCAGCCGGACUCCAGCCGGACUCCAGCCGGACCCCAGCCGGACCCCAGCCGGACUCCAGCCGGACUCCAGCCGGACUCCAGCCGGACUCCAGCCGGACCCCAGCCGGACCCCAGCCGGACCCCAGCCGGACCCCAGCCGGACUCCAGCCGGACUCCAGCCGGACUCCAGCCAGACUCCAGCCAGGCUCAGGCUCCAGCCAGACUCCAGCCAGACUCCAGCCAGACUCCAGCCAGACUCCAGCCAGACUCCAGCCAGACUCCAGCCAGACUCCAGCCAGACUCCAGCCAGACUCCAGCCAGACUCCAGCCAGACUCCAGCCAGACUCCAGCCAGACUCCAGCCAGACUCCAGCCAGACUCCAGCCAGACUCCAGCCAGACUCCAGCCAGACCACAGACCGACCACAGACCGACCACAGACCGACCACAGACCGACCACAGACCGACCACAGACCGACCACAGACCUUCACCCUCUCUGAGCUCAGUGUUUCAGAAGUGAUCCUCAAGCUCUUCGACUGUCAGUGA